AUUUUCAAUAAAAUUUUGUAAUUGAUAUGAAAUUGUGAUGUGAAAAACGUAAUAUUUUCUGUUUAAAAAGAAAUAACUCGCAGUUAAUUCUCAAAACUUGAUGAAUUUGUGUCUCUCGGUUGUUUCCCACACUUGGAAAUAGAACAUUUCCAAAAUUAUACUAUGAUAUUGCCAAGUAUUGAGAUUUCAUAGGAGUAAAAUGGAUUCAAUACAACCGCCCACUAAACCACCUAGGGGCGUGAAAAAUGCUAAAGAAACGAGUGGUUUAUUGAUGACGGUGAUAAGAACAUUAUCAACAAGUGAUUCAAACGAACAACGUGAUCAAGAACGAACCAAGUUGGAAAAAGAUUUCAAAAAAAGUAAUCAGCAAUUGGAAGAAUUAGUAUAUACUCAUCACGAUGACUUGACUCGUGUUAUGAACUUAUUUGGUCGCGUAUCAUCUCUAAUAUCACAGUCGAGACUGCAAAUUCAUUCCGCCAAAGAUAAUUUGAUCGCCUGUAAAAAGCUACUCACUUGCCGUCGCGAAGAACUGAAAAAAUUAUGGUUAGAAAGCCUCGAAUAUAAAUACACUUUACAAAUAUUGAAUGAAAUAGAGCAAAUUACAGAAGUGCCAUCUCAAUUAGUCAAUUGUUUAUCUCAAAAAGACUACGUUCAAGCUACGCAUUUACUAACGUCUGCCAUAAAUACUAGUGAUAAUAAACUCAAAGAUGUAGUUGGACUGCAAGAAUUAAGGAUUGAACUCAAGUCUAAGAAACAGGAACUUUGUACCAAACUGUUGGAAGAAAUGAAAGAACAAAUAUACGUGAAAUCGACCCAAGAAGUUAUUAUAUUGAAACGUCAAGGAUCGACUAGAGAUUCGGUAGAUCAACGUACUCCAUUGGCCAUAAAUCGUAAAAUCACUCCUAGUAAAACUCCUGUUCGACCUAGAAAAUUACUCGAUGUUCCCAGUUCGAGUAUAAAAGAUAAAAUUCAAAAAAGCGACACUAUCGAGUACACAGAUGAUCCGGAAUAUGUGAUGAGUAAUUUAAUCGACUGCGUCGUACUUUUGGAUAAAGUUCAAGAUUUCUUAGAGGAAAUUAAACAAAGUACUCAACGCGAGUUGGCCAUCUUAGCUAUUCGAACUACCAAAGAAAUAUCAUCACAUGACUCGCCGAGCAUAUUGUUGGAAUUCUUCCAAGUAUUAACAGAUCAGUUCAGAAAGGUUAUAGAUGCUCAUAGAUUCGUUUUGGAGUAUUUUAAAAAGAAAUACAAUACCAAUUCUGUGUACGAUGUGAUGGACGUUUGGUUAAAAAUUCAGCUUGUGAUGCAGCAAUUACUAGCUGAUUAUUUAGACGUUCAAAAUAUCAAAAAGACUGAACAAUUAUCUGCUGAGAAUUCGAAUCUGGUGAACGGAGAGCAAUACGAUAUCAACUCAUUUUUUUCCAAGAAGAAACCCCAACGAACGAUUAAAAGUCCUCUUUUUAAAUUCGAUAACGCUGCUCAGAGUAAUGGUAUUUCGAUGUCACAUUUCAAGGCUUAUGAAAAAGAAUUUGGCAAAGAGAAGGUAUUAUUAUGCAAACCAUCUGCAACCUACAUAACUCAAUUAUUCGUACCUUUAUCGAGAUUUUCCGAAGAAACGGAAAGAUUGGUCAAUGGUGCUAACUCAGAUCAACCGAGUAAACUGAACGUAUUCUUGAACGACUACAUCGGUAAAGUAUUUUUGGGCAAACGUCACGAAGAAAUUGUGGCCAACGCUGUUGGUGAAAAAGAUGGAUACACGACUCAAUCCAAAGAUCUUCCAACCAUAUUAAAUUCGCAAGAUCCAUCUAGUCCUCUGUAACGCUGAAUCUACAACUACCGAAGAACUGUGUCGGUCGACUAUGAAUAUUUUUUUUAGGAUUUUAAAAAUCUGAAGGCAAUAUUAUUGUAUUGAUUACAUUAAUAAUACGAAGAUAUUUACCGAUCUACGAAGCAGAUUAAUAUGUGAUUACUGUUAUGUUAUUUUUAUUAUGUAUUUUUUUUUCUACGAAUCUUGUAUUGUUAUCUUUUUAGGAAGUAUGUUAUAUAAGAAUACAUGAACGUUAUUCUCUUUUUUAAAAA